AUGGAUGGGCGGCGUCAUUCUGUUGAUGUACCUAUCUCUAAAGCUCUGGUAGCUCUGCGGAGGGUGAGGUCUCUAAGGGAUCCAUCAACUAAUUCUAUGAGCAAGUUCUCUUCUCCGGUUGAGAAUGUUAAUUGGGAAAUGAAUUCGGGUAAUGAUAUCUCUAUGCUGUUCUUGAAUACUUUCCAAGAAGGUGGCUCUGAUAAACGUAGUUGUGUGAGGCCAAAGAAUUCAGAAAGAGAGGAUUUCUUAGAUGAUUUUGAACUGAACCCGGAUUUAAACAAGUCUAGGUUGAUCCUGCAUGAGAUUUCAGAGUGGGUUGGAAGCACAGGGAGUCUUAGGAGCAAUCAGGGUGAUGAGUUUGAUCUUUCAGGGUCAGAUAAAGAAGAGGUUUUGAGACAUAAAUCACUGAGUCAUAGAUAUAAUAGCAGUCAUAUGGAUAAAGGAUUGGCCUUGAUAUGUGUAAAGCCUCAGGAGGAUGUGGAAUAUGAAGAAACUAUCAGAUCAUCAUGUUUCGAAAGAGUAGAUCAGAUUUUAUCAAAUCGAAAAUCACAGUGUGAAAGUUGUGCUGAUUUUUCUGGGGCAAUUGGUGAUCGUAGGAGUCGAACCAGUAGUCCAUGCCCUUCAGGAGGUGGUGAUCUUUCAAUCCAUAGUACAUCCGUUUUUGCAAAUGAAGAGGUUGAUACUGUAGAUCAUGAUCAUCCUGGUGGUGGACUAAGCUGCUUCUGGUCAAGAACCCUUAGAUUCAGAGAAGCUAACAGUUCUUUUGAUGCUGACAACCAUCCUUUGUUAUUCAAGAAUGCAAGGGAUAUUGCACUUUAUGACCACAGAAGCUUGAAACACAUUGGAAAUGAAACCAAUUCACAAUUAGAAAAGCCCAGGAGUCUGAGUUGGAAAUUCAGGCCAAAAUCUUUCAUCAACUUGGUAGGACAAAAUGUUGUUGCAAGGUCACUCUUGGGUGCUAUCUCUAGGGGAAGAAUAACCUCAUUCUAUCUUUUCCAUGGUCCACAAGGUACAGGAAAGACAUCAGCGUCAAGAAUUUUUGCUGCAGCACUAAAUUGUCUUUCCCUGGAGGAUAGACCGUGUGGUCUCUGCAGUGAGUGUAAUAUGUACUUUUCUGGAAACAGCGGGGACAUCAAGGAAAUAGAUUCUCUGAGAAUCAACCGGAGAGACCGGGUUAGGUCUCUCAUUAAGAAUGCAGCUACACCUCCAGCGUCUUCACAGUUUAAGGUUUUCAUCAUUGAUGAGUGCCACUUGAUGUGGGGGGAAACAUGGGCGACCAUUUUCAGUAGCAUUGAUAACCUUUCUCAACAUGUUGUCUUUGUGAUGAUCACUCCUGAUCUGGAUAAGCUGCCACGCAAUGCGGUAUCAUGAUCCCAGAGAUAUCACUUCCCUAAGAUUAAGGAUGAUGAUAUUGCAAGCAAGCUAGGGAAAAUCUGUUUUGAAGAGGGGCUUGACUUUGAUCAGGUUGCUUUAAACUUUGUCGCUGCCAAAUCAAAUGGUUCGCUUAGGGAUGCAGAGAUGAUGCUUGAUCAGCUAAGUUUGCUUAAUAAAAAAAUCACAACGGGCCUGGCAUACGAGCUUAUUGGAGCUGUUUCUGAUGAUGAAUUACUCGAAUUGCUAGAUCUGGCAUUGUCAUCUGACAUUUCUAAUACAGUUGUAAGGGCCAGGGAGUUUAUGAGAUCAAGGAUUGAUCCCAUGCAACUUAUCUCACAGUUGGCAAAUCUCAUUAUGGACAUCCUUGCCGGUGAGGAAGGUGGCUCAGAAGUCCAGAAAAAGUUCUCUCGUAGGCAUACCUCUGAAAUGGACUUCCAGAAACUGAGUCAUGCGUUGAAAAUAUUCUCUGAAACCGAUAAGCAAUUACGGGUAUCCAAGAAUCAAACAACAUGGCUUACUGCAGCUCUUUUGCAGCUGAGCUCUGCGGAAUCCUCCUCAGUGGAUGCUAGUGAUACAAAGAGUUUGAGAACUACACAAGAGAGAGGGCCAAGUGACCCUACUUCAUGCAAUGCCAACACAUCAGACAAGUCGCAAAUGCAGAAGGAUUUUGAUGAACAAUUGCAACAAAAGUCACCAUCUCUCUGUGAGCGUGGAAGUGGUUCAGAUUACUCUGAAUACACAUCGGAGAAGCCUAUAUUACCUUGUUUUUGUGAUUGUGCUUCUCAAGUGCCACAUAACUGCUUUGACAAAAUGGUGGUUGUAAGUACAUUAAGAAAUAGUGAAGGAAACGUGCUGAGUACAAGAGCGGCCUCAUCCUGCAGAUCUUUUGAAAACGAUGCACCAAAGCCUCCUGGAUUAAAGCUUCAUACUUCAAGGGAAGAGGGAAGCAACCAAGACUGCCAGGUUGAAGAAGAAUUCUGGAGUGCUUUGUUGGAAAACCCCCACGCUUACCUCAGGAAAGGAUUGGCAGCUGAGGCGAAAUUAGCUGGGUGGCUUCUACCAUGUGCAACUGCUUAG